AUGGGCCACAAACUACAGGAGAUGUCGAUCCACCACUUCGAUCAGUCUAACAGUGAUGAGACCCUGGAGUGGGGCUACAUCUUCGAGCACACCAACUCCCCGUUGCUCACAAAACUCGUUGUUCUUUGCACGAAUUACGGGUCUGGAAUUUUUGAGGCGAUACGCACGGGCGGGACCCUCUUUGACCCUGCUUUUCCUGCGCCCGAAGAGCUCUAUCCUUACUUCUUUGAGCAUAUCCCACAGGCGAUUCGCGUAACGUCCGACCGCGAAACCAUAGCCAGAUUUUUGGAGGAACGCCUGGGGCGUGGGCGUCCCCUUCGGAGGGUCUAUAUGUACGAUGCCCGCCCCCGGCCACUGCUUGUGAUACAGGACGAGGACACAUGGCGGAUGUCAGCAGGCGGCGCCGUCGUGGAGUGCGUUCGUUCAGCGAUGGAUAAGUCCCCAACAGAAGGGGUUAGAGCUGCUCCUAGGUUGGCAACCUAG